AACAUGCUUUUGGCGCCGGUAAUUCUACUACUGACUUAUUUGGUCGGCCUCUCUGCCAGCUCAGAAAUCUUAUUACAAAAAUGCUGUCCAGAAAAAUACGCUUACAACAUGAAAUCGGAUCAGUGUGAAAAAGUAGAAGGUGAAAAGUUUUACGAUUGGAUUCCUGACCAGUUAAAAUCUUCCAAACAGUCUCAAUUCAUCAGAAUGUUGCCGUUUCUUGAAGAGUUUGAUUUGAAAUACGGACCUUGCCCUGAAAUAUUGCAAGACGUAGCUCGGCCGGUGAAGAUUGACCGAAACACGGAUAUAAAACUUUCUAAAAACAGCAUCGUCGUGUCCAACCAAACAUUCCAACAAUGGUGUCUGGAUGCAGUUCUUGGCCAGUCUAGUAGACAAUGGGUCCUUUUAUCCUGCCCUUGUCUUCACGAAAACUGCAUUACGCGGUGCUGCCCCCACGGAAAACGUCUUCACAUCGAAAGGGCUGUGAAAGAAUCAUUUGGUGAAAUAUGUGAGGACGAGGGCUCAAGCUGGUCACCUGAAAUAGCUGAAGACUUGGAAAUAAAUGAAAAUACUUUGAAACCCACGAUCUUUCGAAACUUAUCCCUGGAAGAAUAUUUGAUGUGCUUUCGCGUUGUGCGGAAAAAUUACGAAAAAACGAAACAUCCCAAGUUGCUUACGGAUUUUGAAAUAGAUGAGUUUGGAACUUUGAAAUCCUACAGAUUUACAGCCAAUCGAUGGAGUUAUUGCCUUGCCGAGGCCAGGGUUGAGGGUGAGCUGAUGAGCGUGGCCAUGUAUUGUGACCGCGCAGAUUACAACAGAAUUUCAAAAAAAGAUUCACUCGUCAUAAGUUUCUUGGGAGCGGUUGGAGCUUUUUUCACUUUAAUCACUCUGAUCAUCCACUUGAUCGUCAAAGACCUUCGCCAUGACAUCAGCGGUCAGAUCAUCAUCGCCCACUGCAUUUGCCUGUUCAGCGGAUACCUCAUUAUGGCCUUCAGACCCCUAGCUUGGUCUCAGAAAUUCAACCUUUGCACAAUUUUAGGCACAUUUUCAUAUUUUUUCUUCAUGUCUUCAUAUUUCUGGCUGAAUGUCCGCGCGAUUAUUAUUUACUCGAAAUUCAAAUCCUUGGAUUCAAUGCUGAGCAAAUCCUUCCGGAAUCACACGUUUCCCCUGUGCGCCCUUUACGCCCUGGGAAGCCCAGUCCUCAUCACGGCCUUUAUGGCGUGGGCCCAAUUUACAGACGACAUGAAAUUACCCUGGUGGGUUGUGUGGCCAGGCAUUGACGAAGCCUCUUGUUGGUUCAGAUCCCCACUGGGCCGAGGCCUCUACUUUUCCCUUCCUAUGGGCAUCGCAUUGUUGAUUAACAUUUUUCUGUUCAUCAAAACGGUGACGAGAAUUCGGUCAUUCAGAAAAGAUAACCAGUUGGUUUUGAAUGAAAAAGGAAGCAACCGCAACAAUCUGAAAGAAAUAUUCAAACUCGAUACAAAAAACUUGAAGCACUUUGGAAUGUUUUUACUUUUGCUGUGCGUGACUUAUUUUCCAGAAUUCAUUGCUUGGUUUGACAACGAGUAUUCCUUCUUCUAUUUCUUAUCAAUCUUUGUGCUCACGUUGCGCGCAGUUCUUUUAUUCGUGAUUUUCUGCUGCAGGAGAAAGGUUUGGUUGUCUGCAAGAAGGCAGUACCGUUCACUUGGCCAAUUAGCAUCAUGGACUCGGGAAUGCUUUCGAAAGGAAAAAGCGAAAGGCCUAAAUAAAUCGACCCUUACGGACUCUACAAAUUUAGAAGUACCAAAACACGCUCAUGCAAAUAAUGACAUGAUUUAAAAUAUUGUGCAUAAUUUUUUCUGCUUUUUACUGUAAAAAUUUCAAUUAAUUUAUAUAAAUCAUUUUACAGCGAAAUAAAAAAUU